AACGGCCGAAUCGAACAACUGCGUUCAAAUACAACAGCUGUUCUUAACGUAUACGGGUAAACAAACACCAAAACGAAUAACAAAUGCAAAGUAACUGGCCGCGUUCGGCAACUCGUAUCUAUGAACCAAUCGUCUCGAAUGAAACUGCUUGCUGCAUCUGGAAUGCGAUUCUGUGUUUUUUCAUUACCGUCUGGCGUUGGAGGACUGAAGCAAAAGACGAAACGGAGAAUCUCAUCCAGUUUCGCUUUUGCUUCUUAGUUUUACUGAUCAAUACUACGUUUAGCUUUGUGCUCUCUAGUUCUUCUCAUGGAUGGAAACACCAAUUGAUGUUGUUUUUCAAGUAUGGGCUGGGAUCAACAGUUUUGAUACAUGUCUUGUGUGUUUUAUAUGGAGCACCUUUUCUCAAGUACUGGGACAAAACAAUAUCUUUUUCCGUGCUUCUAAGUGCCCUUCUUUUACCAUCUGUUACUGCCAGUGGAAAACUUGGGAAAUUUUUAAAUUUUUCAAAUUUUGAUUGGAUGGGGACAAACGAAUUGUUUAUCUGUUUGGGUGCUUGGCUCGGAGCGUUCGUGAUCCCGUUAGAUUGGGAUCGGCCUUGGCAGGUAUGGCCCGAGCCUGUCGGAGUUGGGGCAGUCGUGGGUUGCGGUUUGGGCAGUUUGUUGAAAUUAAUGAGGUCGACGAUCAACGCGGCUGGAUAUCAGAUGUAUUGGCCUACCAAAUUAUUUGUACAUGAACGGCAUGUUUAAAAACAAAAUGGAACUAUUGAGACAACUGCAUGUGAAACUACGUUAACGUACGUGACCUACACAUUUGUUAUCCUCUGCUCGGCGAUAACAAUAACACAAAGAAGGGCAAAUCCCGAUCACACAUCACAUUCAUUAGUUCCCUGCCAUGAUAUCAAUAAACAGUCCAUCAUCGUU